CUCUACUGCAUGAGCACCGGAAAUUGGUCGCCCGUGUUCAUUCGGAUCAGCGAGAUCAUGUUCUUCGUAGCAGGAACGCUGUACUACAUCUCGUCGACGAUCAACCCGAUUCUCUACAACGUCAUGUCGCGUCGCUACCGGCAGGCGUUCCGUCGCACGGUGUGUGGCUGCUGCGACGCCGACGGCACGCCGACACGCACCGGCACCAUCACGUCGUACGCGCCGAUCACCCAGCCGGGCAAGAACGGAGCGCAGAUGAACAUGAACGAGAUGAACUGCGGCAACGGCAACAUGCCGACGGUCGUCGCCGAGGAGUUCGUAUAGUCGGGGUACGGACGAGAGCGAAGACGAAGGGUUAAAGUUCGCGAUGUUCACAAAAACGCACAUUAGUGCCGAUUUUCGCCGACCGUCUGGUCGAAUCCUUGCAUCAGUGACAAACGGCAUGAUGUGAAUGACCGCCGACAUGAUGUGAAUGACCGCCGACAUGAUGUGAUUGAUCACCGACAUGAUGUGAAUGACCGCCGACAUGAUGUGAUUGAUCACCGACAUGAUGUGAAUAACCACCGACAUGAUGUGACCGAACACCGACAUGAUACAUAGUUGCAUGUACCAUGUUACAUGACGGGUGGGUUUGCAGGCGCGGUGGACUGAUCCUUGAUAUGACGCACUGACCGUCCUUCACGAUGGUCUGACCACUGAUACGAUGGAUUGACCGCCGACACGAUUGGCUGACCAUUGAUACGAUAGAUUGACUGCCGACACGAUGGACGGACCGCUGACAUGAUUAGGUUUAAUAUAUAUAUAAAAUAUAAAGACUGGUCAUUGAUACGACAGGGCUGACGACCGAUAGGAUCACAGGGCGACUGGCUGGCGGCAGCUAACACGCUGGGCCGAUCGCUGACAUGGUCGACUCAAUAUAAAUAUUAGAGGGCCCAGCUAAAACUCACACAUCGGGGCCGAGUACUCGUACGAUAAGGUUGUCACUGAUAUGGACUGGCUCAGCACUAUUACGAUGACGUGCUCCGUUCUGGCGUCAUCACAUAAUCGAUGAUCGAAAGCAUUUAAGUCUUUAUCGCUCUCGCAUUUAGCUUUCUCAAAUACGAUAAAAAUUGUUAUCGCCGGCGCGAUGGGACGGCAGUUUCACGAACCGUUGCCGUUAAGAUUUCAGCCGCCUCGUCUAGUCACGCUAUCUAGUCAAGGUCAUCGUGGAAACGAGGAUCUCAACGAUGGUCAGCUUCACCGAACAUGCUUGAAGCCGGUAAAAAACGGGAAUUUUUAGUUAGAAUAGUAUAGGUUUUUCGGCUUGCCACCUCCUUUCUCUCCCUCGCUCGCCACUUCCCCGCCAUCUCUUUCUUUCUUUCU